ACCCCCAGGAGCUGCCCACCUGAUGCUGGGUGGACCGGCAGGAACCUGGACGCUGCGCUCUCUGGCCGCUCCCCGUCGCGCCCGCUCCCUCGCAGCCACGCGGGGCGCGCACUCCCACUCCCUCCGCGCGCGGCUCCGGGGCGCAAUGGACGCAGCGCUGCUUCACAGCAUGCUGGAGGCCAACUGCAGCCUGGCGCUGGCCGAAGAGCUGCUCCUGGACGGCUGGGGAGCGUCCCCGGACCCUGAGGGUCCCUACUACUGCAACACGACCUUGGACCAGAUCGGGACCUGCUGGCCCCAGAGCGCGCCCGGAGCCGUGGUCGAGAGACCGUGCCCCGAGUACUUCAAUGGCAUCAAGUACAACACGACCCGCAAUGCCUACAGAGAAUGCCUGGAGAAUGGGACGUGGGCCUCAAGGAUCAACUACUCACACUGUGAGCCCAUUUUGGAUGAGAAGAGGAAGUACGACCUGCAUUACCGAAUCGCCCUCAUUGUCAACUACCUGGGCCAUUGUGUUUCCAUGGUGGCCCUGAUGGCCGCUUUCCUGCUUUUCCUCGUCCUCCGGAGUAUCCGCUGCCUACGGAACGUGAUCCACUGGAACCUCAUCACCACCUUCAUCCUGAGAAACAUGAUGUGGUUCCUGCUGCAGCUCAUCGAUCACGAAGCUCACAUGGGAAAUAAGGUCUGGUGUCGCUGCAUUACCACCGUCUUCAACUACUUUAUGGUCACUAACUUCUUCUGGAUGUUCGUGGAGGGCUGCUACCUGCACACAGCCAUCGUCAUGACUUACUCCACGGAGCACCUGCGCAAGUGGCUCUUCCUCUUCAUUGGAUGGUGCAUCCCCUGCCCCAUCAUCAUCGCCUGGGUAGUUGGCAAACUCUACUAUGAGAAUGAACAGUGCUGGUUUGGCAAGGAACCUGGUGACUUAAUGGACUACAUCUACCAGGGACCCAUCAUCCUUGUGCUCUUGAUCAAUUUUAUAUUUCUGUUCAACAUCGUCAGGAUCCUCAUGACAAAAUUACGAGCGUCCACCACAACCGAGACAAUCCAGUACAGGAAGGCAGUGAAGGCCACCCUGGUCCUCCUGCCCUUGCUGGGCAUCACCUACAUGCUCUUCUUUGUCAACCCUGGAAAGGACGACCUGUCCCAGAUUGUGUUUAUCUAUUUCAACUCUUUCCUGCAGUCCUUCCAGGGUUUCUUUGUGUCUGUUUUCUACUGCUUCUUCAAUGGAGAGGUGCGCUCAGCCCUGAGAAAGCGGUGGCACCGCUGGCAGGACCACCACUCUCUCCGAGUGCCUGUGGCCCGGGCCAUGUCCAUCCCCACGUCUCCCACCAGGAUCAGCUUCCACAGCAUCAAGCAGACAGCUGCUGUGUGACCCUCUGUCACCCAUCUGCCCACCACUCCACCACUGAGGCAGCUCCUCAUCCUCUACAGCCUUCUCCUGGGUCCUCCUUGCUACACUGGCCCUUGCAGUGCAGGAGAAGGAGGGGGAGAAAUCAACUCUCCGGCCUGGAAGGAAAGGAAAGCAAAGCUAUGGAAGGGGGCCACUGAAGGACAAGGGCCCAGUGCAGCCACACAUCGCCAAGCAAGAGGGAGCAGGGGGCAUCGCAGGACCCUCAGAAAGGGUAAAGCUCAUGUCACCAAGCCUCUGUGCACCCAGCCGCUUUUGUGGAUCCUCACUGCAGUACCAUUUACAUCUGAAGAAACUGAGGCCCAGAGCAGUCAAGGGCUUAGACAAGUCACACAGCUACUUGCCCUGCUCACAGCACCCACAGUUGGCUUUGCUCCUUGUUUGCCAUCUCUACGCUUGGGGUAGAGAGGGAGGCAAGAAUUAACUUAUCUGGCUCCAUCCCAGGGACGGACUAGCAGAGAAGCUUCCCUCCUCAGUAUCAGUCCCUCACCAAGCUGCCCCUCCACUCCUUCCGCAGUCCUCCUGCCCCUGUGGCUCCAGGAGAAUGCUGGCUUCCAGUAUGCCAUCCAUCCUGGGAGACCCCCAUUCAGCCUGGGCUCAGUCUGGGGACCAAGUGAGACUGAUGGAAAGCCACACUCUUAGGCCAAUCUGAUACACAGUGCUGGACAGAAGGGGAAUAGAAGCACUAGGGCCAGAGGGAAUGGGGUGAGCACCCCUCAAAUCAGAGUAUGUCUGGUGAGUGAUUGGAACAAGGACCCCAGGCUCUCCUCAGACUGCUUCAGCCUCUGUUGAAGCUCUCUGUGACAUCAGUCAGGCAUCUGUGGAGCUGGCGGCCUUUGACAUCAAACAACUAGACAUUGGAGAGAUAAUGUGGGCCAAUGAUGAAGGCAGAAUGUCUGCAGGGCAUAGCCACAUCCCUCUCCUUAGAGAUGAUGAUGGUCUGGGCCCUAGCAGGCUUUCCUGUGUGCUGUGGUAGGUUAGCAAUCUUUGGGUUCAAAGGGCCUGAAUCAUCCUUGUCAUCCCAGAGGGUGACAUCUGCCCCAUCCCCAGUGGAGAGCCUGCCCGUGCCAAUGACUAAUAUUCUGGGACUGGGAGGGAGGGGAGGCAAGGCCCUCUGGCUCCACGAGCAGGAAGAAGCAGAGCUUGAUUGCAGGCUGCGCCUCCAUUCCUCUCUCCUUAUAGCAGAAGGAGGAGGAGAGGCCAACAGACUAUAGGCUUGGAAAGGGCCCCUUUUCUAUGUACCCCACAAAAAUAAACUUUG